UUGUAUAAGUCAUGGUUGAAGCGCGGCAUGAGUCGUUUACUACAAGGGCAGACCACAAAUACAAUCAUUGACAUGUUUAUUAUCGCACCAAAAUCAACCUAAUCGACCAGAAGCCGUAACCGCUAAAGGACAACCUAAAGCACGAGAAGAAACUAGGGACCAGUCUGUGGAAACAGUGAGAAUCCUCAUCAUCACGAUGGUGGAGAUGAAGAGUUUCUGUGAGGCAGGUGUCUCCAUGCAGCAGGUCUGGGUGGAGGGCGGCCUGACCCUCUGCUUCUACUUCACCCUGGUGCCCUGCGUCCUGGUCACCCUUUCUUUUCUCUUCGGCACCAUUCUGUGCGUAUGCUACAGCCGUUAUGGCACAGAGAUGGAGCCCAAGUUCAUCCCUCGCUCCCGGCUCUAUCGGCUCCAGGUGGUCCUGUCGGUGCUGCUCGCCCUGCAGGCUCCGGGCUGGGUGGUUUUCCGUGUCGUUCAGGGAGGAGAGCUGCCGGGAUAUGCGGUGCUGUACGGGUGCCUCUCAACGCUGGGAUGGAUCUGGGCCGUAAUCUUGCUGAGGUUGGAGAGGAAGAGGGUUCUGGUGAGGGACAGAACCAGAGGACACAGUGCGGUCAUGUUGCUGUACUGGGGUGUAGCUUUCGCAGCCGAAAACCUGGCGUUUAUUUCGUGGAUGAGCCCUCAGUGGUGGUGGGGUUUGGAGACUCCCAAUCAGCAGAUCGAGUUCGCGUUCUGGCUUCUGCGAUAUUUCGGCUCGGGUUUGCUGUUCCUCUUAGGCCUCAAAGCUCCAGGGCUGCCACGUCGACCGUACAUGCUUCUGAUCAAUGAAGAUGAGCGUGAUGUAGAGAAUGGAGCGCAGUCUCUUUUGGGUAACUCGGAUGAGAGUCAGUCUACAUGGAAGGAUUUUGGAAAGAAGGUGCGCCUCUUGAUCCCAUACAUGUGGCCUAAAGGAAACAUUCUUCUACAGCUGCUGGUUUUAAUGUGUCUCACUCUGCUGGGAGCUGAACGGGCAAUCAAUGUGUUUGUGCCCAUAUACUACAAAAACAUAGUGAACCAGUUAACAGACGGAAGCUCGUGGAAGACUUUAGCAACUACGGUGUGUGUUUACGUCUUCCUGAAGUUCCUGCAGGGUGGAGGAGCCGGUGCGUCUGGGUUCGUGAGUAACAUGCGUUCCUUCCUGUGGAUCCGGGUACAGCAGUACACUAAUCGUGUGGUGCAGGUGCGUCUGUUCGCCCACCUGCACUCCCUUUCUCUCCGCUGGCACCUGGGUCGCCGAACUGGAGAUGUUUUAAGAAGCAUCGACAGAGGAACGUCCUCCAUCAACAGCCUGCUGAGCUACAUCGUAUUCAGCAUCCUCCCCACCAUCGCUGACAUUGUUAUUGCGAUCAUCUAUUUCAUCUCUAAUUUCAACGCCUGGUUCGGCCUCAUAGUCUUCAUUUGCAUGGCCCUCUACCUCACUCUUACCAUCAUUAUCACCGAAUGGAGGACAAAAUACAGAAGAGACAUGAACACGCAGGAUAACAAUGCGAAAUCGAAAGCCGUGGACUCUUUAUUGAACUUUGAAACGGUGAAAUAUUACAAUGCAGAGAGUUACGAAGUCAGUCGCUUUGAGGAUGCCAUCCUCAAAUAUCAGGUAUCGGAGUGGAAGACGAACGCUUCAUUGGCCUUCUUGAAUCAAACUCAAAAUCUGAUCAUUGGCUCAGGGCUGCUGGCCGGAUCUUUGCUUUGUGCCUACUUUGUAACCGAGGGCAAGUUUCAGGUUGGAGAUUAUGUGCUUUUUGGGACGUACAUCAUUCAGCUCUAUACGCCUCUCAACUGGUUCGGAACGUACUAUAGAAUGAUCCAGAACUCGUUCAUUGAUAUGGAAAGCAUGUUUAAACUCUUCACAGAGGAAGAGGAGGUAAAGGAUGAAGUGAACGCGGGAAGCCUUCACUACAGACAGGGAAAAGUCCAGUUUGAAAAUGUCUUUUUCAGCUAUACGCAAGGCAAGGAAAUUCUGAAAGAUGUCUCUUUUACCGUACAGCCUGGUCAUACAGUAGCACUUGUUGGUCAGUCCGGAUCAGGGAAAAGCACCAUCAUUCGCCUGCUAUUCCGUUUCUAUGAUGUUCAGGGAGGGUGUAUAAAAAUAGACGGUCAAGACAUCUCAAAGGUGAAGCAGAGCUCUCUGCGUGCUCACAUCGGCGUCGUUCCUCAGGACACCGUUCUGUUUAACGAUAACAUUCGAAAUAACAUCCGCUACGGUCGGGUUACAGCUAGCGACCAGGAGGUGGAGGAGGCGGCUAUUGCUGCUGACAUCCAUGACAAAAUCAUUACUUUCCCUGAUGGUUAUGAAACUCAGGUGGGUGAAAGGGGUCUGAAGUUAAGUGGAGGAGAAAAGCAGCGAGUGGCUAUCGCACGUACCAUCCUCAAAGCACCACAGAUCAUACUCCUCGAUGAGGCUACAUCUGCUUUAGACACACAGACCGAACGAAACAUUCAGGCCUCUUUAGCUAAAGUCUGCACCAACCGAACCAGCAUUGUGGUUGCACACAGAUUGUCGACCAUAAUCGGAGCCGACAUGAUUCUUGUUCUCAGUGAUGGGCAAAUUAUUGAAAGAGGAAGACACGAGGAGCUGUUGGCAAAGGGAGGCAUGUAUUCAGAUAUGUGGAUGAAACAGCAGCAGGCCCACGACACCGAUUCAGCCUCCGAUUCGGAGACUAAAGACAGAACUUCAGAGAAACUACAACCCCCAGCGUCCACCGCCGGCCACAAGGGUCACUAAACACUGAAACGUUCACUGCUGUUCAUUUAUAUAUUUAUCAUCAUGUUUUUUGUUUUAUAUUUAUAAAAUACUACCUUUAACUAUGUUCGUGCCAGGAAAAUUUAUCUGAGGUCAGUACUGAUUUCUAGAUUAAAGUGCAUUCAUAACGCUAAUGAAUAAUGUUUUAUGCAUUGUAUUAAACAGUGCUCUUACUACAAUUACUCCCUCCACUACUACAAUUAAAAGUAUACAUUACUGACAACACAUUUAAGACACUGAAUGUAGGAGGGAUUUGUUUUAUUUUAAUCAUUUGAGUGAAUAUAUGAGGCUUUUUAUUUACUGUCUUUUGUAAUAAAGAACUGCUGUUUAUGAUUGUUAUUAUGAUGCUGACAGACAUGCAUUGUAACAAUUAUCAUUUAAGUUACACUAUUUAACUUGACAUAGGAAAGUGCAUUUCUGGUGUGAGUACACUUACAAAUGUAUAUACUACCUUAUGUUUAAGAGUAAAUUUAAGAUUAAACUUAAAUUGAAAUUAUAGGCCUGUUUCACAGACUAGGCUAGUCCCAGACUAAAAUAUAUGUAACUUGUCCUGACAUAUCUUAAAAUAUAUAUCAGCGGCAUUGUUUUUCUCUGAGGAUACACACCAUGUGUUUUUCUAAGUCACAUUUAUAAAAGCUAAUUAAAUGUCAUUAUAAACUAUAUUAGGGCCUAAUUCUGGCUUAACCUAAACCUUGUCUGUGAAACGGAGCCUAAGCAAAAUAAGUCCAUUGUAUUCAUGUUUGACAUUUGUUUUUUUAGUAGGAUUGAACUGAUGACUAUAAAAUAAGCUGUUUUUUAAUGAGUAAGUGAUCAUUUAUGAUCAUUGUGUUUUUCAAAUGAAUCCUUUUUAGUGGCUUUGUGUGUUAUUGCUUAGACACAAUUGUUUGUACUGUACAGACAAAUCAAGAUUAAGGUGGGACAGAAGCUAAACUCAGGGGGUGAGGUUAAAAUGAGCCAAAAGGCAAAUGUUUUAGUUUGCUAUCCUAGAUUUUUUAUUUUUCCAUCUGUAUGAGUUUUUUUGUUGUAUAACUGGUGAUAGAAUUUGGGUUAAAGAUAUAUGUAAUGUGAAAGAAUAAGCUGUGGGUGUUGUUUGUGAGGAUUCCCUUAUGUAUAUUAGAUUGUACAACAUAGCCAAAGAAGGGCUUUAUACAGUAUAAAUGUGUAUUAUUGAGAUGGCAUUAUUCUGUGCACAAAUAUUUUAUUUACACGUGCUGCCUUCAUGCUUUAUGUAAAAAUACAAUACUGUGUACAAUAAAAAAAAAGACGUAUUAAAGGUCA